AUGACCACUUCCAAUAAAACAAUGUUGAUGGCAAAGUUAGCUGCUUUUGGCCUUGUCUGCUCUCUUGUUACAUUCUGUCUGUAUUUUGAGCCUUCAUCGAAUGUUUGCGGCUCUACAUCAGUUGAAGUGAAACAUCAUGUAGGCGUGGAUCCAAACGAAAAGCCCAUAGUCCUGUUGUGGUACUGGCCUCUUGGCGUGAAGUUUGAUUUCAAAGAUUGCCUUAAAUACUAUAACAUUGAUAGCUGUGUUCUGACUGCUGACAGAUCCCUCUACAACAAAGCACAGGGAGUCAUUUUCUACCAUAAAAACAUAGCCUGGAAUCUGAAUGACAUGCCGCAGGGUCUUCGUCCAGCUUUUCAGAAGUGGAUUUGGUUCAAUGUGGAAUCUCCGACAAACACAGGAAGGAAAAUGGGGAUGGACAACUUGUUCAACUUAACACUAAGUUAUAGAAGAGAUGCAGGCAUCAUAGUGAGGAAUGAGCUCACCAUCAGGGAAACUGAAAAUACAGAGGAUUUUGUCCUGCCCAAGAAGGACAAGCUGGUUUGUUGGAUUGUCAGUAACAAGGACAAAAGAACUGGAACACUUGUGAGGGAAAACUAUUUUGAAGAAUUGUCCAAACACAUUGAUAUCCGCCUUUUUGGUAGAGCUCACACCGGGCGCCAGUUGGGCUAUAACGAAUAUUACCCAACUAUUGGUAGCUGUAAGUUUUAUCUCGCUUUUGAGAAUUCCAUCCACAGAGACUACAUCACAGAGAAGGUGAAUGGGCCUCUCGUGGCGGGGACCGUACCUGUAGUUUUGGGUCCUCCAAGAGCAAACUACGAGCAGUUCCUCCCCUCUGACGCCUUCAUUCACGUCAAUGAUUUCCCCAAUCCUAAAGCACUGGCAGAGUUUCUGCUCCAUUUGGACAAGAAUAAUACAGAGUACAUGCGUUACUUUGAGUGGAGAAAGUUUUACUCAGUCACUCCUCACCUCCUGUCAAUCAACAACGAAUUCACUCAGCCCAUCUGCCUCGCCUGUGACCACAUAUCAAAAGACCAAAAUUUCCAUGUGGUUCACGACCUUUUUAGUUGGUACUCUCAAAAGAAAUAG